UUUUAUGAGAAAUUGUUCUAGCAGAAAUUCAACCUGACAUCACUGUGGAUCAGACAUUAACAAGGCGGUGGGCUUUAGUAGUCAACGUGCGUGGUAACAUCAACAAGCAAACAUGGUGAAGAAGAAAGCUGUUAAAAUCAGCAAGGUGAAACGCAACAAUCAAAAACGCACCAAAUUAUCCAAACAAGGAAAAUUGAAGACACGUCGCAACAAGAAAGCAGAACCUAAAUCUCAACCUAAACCAGUGAAACAUGGGGAAGCAGAUGAAGAUCAGAGCGAUCAUGGAGAAGACAUGUUGGACAUGGUGGAAGGAGAUGACCUAUUAUACCUCAAACAAGCUAUUUCCCAGCGCAGUUAUCAGUUACUCAGGAAGAUUCGUGCUCCUGGGGGUGAUCAAGAGAGGGGACCACGUAAAAGGCGCAAGGGUGGUAAUAGUGAAGACACUGAUGACAUUGAACAGUUAUAUGAAAAUGAAUCUGGUAUCCAAGACUCUGGGCCUAAACGCACUAGAGUAAUGCUACCGAUCAAAACUUCUAAGGGAUUAGUAACCAGAGUUAUAGAGGAGGAUGUGGACUAUGAAGCGGAGGCUCAGAAAAAGAAAAAACUCGAAGAGAUGACAGUUAUGGAGAAAGAUGCCGAAAGUGAGAAAGAAAGUGAAGAUGAAACAGAGUCAAUACACAGUGCACCCCAUCAUUUGAACACCGAAAAGCCCAUUACCACAGCCCAACUUCUUGCAUGCAGACAAGAAGUCCUCCAGCAGCGGAAGUUCCGUAUUGGUAUUUUGUGUAGUGGUCUUCUAGAAAAUCCUGAGGGCAGAAUGAAGAGUUUUAAACCACUUUUGGAUUUUAUGGAGGAGCCCAACCCAGAAGUUAAGAUAACUGUUAGGAAGUUGGCAACUGUCUCUCUGCUUGAGGUGUUCAAGGAUCUUUUGCCAUCCUACUACAUAAAAGUACUGGAUGUGGAAAAUGUAAUUUUAAAAAAGGCUACCUUACAACUGAGGAGGUUUGAGCAAGAUCUGUUAAAGAACUACAAAUUGUAUCUCACUAAAUUGGAAAAAUUGGCAUCUUGUCUUAUGCGCAGAAAGGGUGACACCAGAAAGUUUUCACAGCAAGAAGUACAAUUGGGAGAAGUUGCCGUACAAUGCAUGGCAGAUCUCUUAGUUACCCAUCCAUACUUUAAUUAUUCUGUGAAUUUAUCUCAGUAUCUUGUCACAUUUCUGGACAACCAUUCUCCUACAGUUCGUGAUAUAUCAAAAGUUGCAAUCAAGAAACUUUUUAAGGACGAUAAGCGUGGGGAAAUUUCAUUAGAGAUUGUCAGGCGCAUUAAUGGAUUAGUUAAAAAGCGUGAGCAUAAUGUUCAUGCUGAUGUCCUGGAGGUCCUUCUUUAUCUUAGAAUCAAGGAUGUUAAUCUUGACAAAGAGAAAGAAGAUGAACUGCAGCAAAAAAAAUUUAAAGGACGCAAAAUGAAACUUCUUAGCAUGUCAAAAAAAGAAAGAAAGAGGGAUAAAAAACUAAAAGAAUUAGAAGGAGAACUGCAGGAAACGAAGGCUGAAGAAAACAAGCAAAAAAAACAGCAGCACUUAACUGAAGUAGUGAAAGUUGUUUUCAUGAUCUAUUUCCGUAUUUUGAAGCAAGAACCCAACACCAAGCUUUUAUCAGUGACCCUUGAAGGACUUGCAAAGUUUUCACAUUGCAUAAAUUUGGAGUAUUAUCAUGACUUGGUUAAUGUUUUGGACGACCUAAUGGAAACAGGGGAACUUGGAAAUAGAGAACAGCUUCAUAUUGUUCAGACAGUGUUCACUAUUCUGUCUGGACAAGGAGAAAUGCUAACAAUUGACCCAUGCCGUUUUUACACUCACCUCUACCGUAAUUUGCUCAAUGUCCAUGCAGGUAAGUCUCAUCAAGAUGGAUUGAUUUUAGUGAGAGCUAUAGAUGUCAUGUUAAUAAAGAGAAGGAAAAAGGUUUCACAACAAAGAAUCUUGGCAUUCACCAAGCGCUUGGCCACCUUGGCUCUUCAACUUCUACAUAAUGGAUCUUUGUCUUGUCUCGGACAUAUCAAGAGUGUACUACAACUGAACAAAUCAUCAGAUAUUCUGUUAGAUGUUGAUAAAAGUGGAGGCCAAGGUUUGUAUGAUCCAUUUUUAGAAGAACCAGAAUACUGCAAUGCAGGGAAUACUGCUCUUUGGGAAAUGGCUCUUCUCCAUAGACAUUACCAUCCUCUUGUGAGAAAGUUCACAAAUUUUAUCUCAUCUGGAGCACCUGCUACAGGGGUGGGGAGUUUGUCCUUGGAUUUAGCAAAAUUAACUGCAGAAGAUUUAUUCACUCAGUAUGAUGGAUCAACAAUGGCCUUCAAACCCGCAAUUCCACCACCCAAAAAAGUAGAGCCAAAACAGAAGCCAGCAAGGUCAUAUAUUUCUAACACUUCUCUAAAUGAGCAAGUUAAAAGGGUCAUGGAAUCUGGUCCAACAACUGGAAACUUUUUUAAGGCGUUCGAGGAUAGAAAUUAAUGUCUACAUGGUUUCACAAAUAUUUACUUUAUGUAUUUGAAAUAAGAUGAAUUUAUGAGUAAAAUUUCA